CCCAGGACUCUGCAUUCACUAUAUCUGGUCUCCACAGUACACACAACAUGGAAACACAAUUCACUAUAUCUGGUCUCCCACAGACCCUGCAUUCACUAUAUCUGGUCUCCCACAGACACUGCAUUCACUAUAUCUGGUCUCCCACAGUACACACAACAUGGAAGUGCAAUUAUUUUAGUAAAUAUAAAUGGCUAAAUCCCUUUUCUCAUCAGCAGUUAGAGCAGUCUUGUGACUUCUAUCAGUGUCCAGCAGAGACACUGGUUAAAGUUUGUAGGAAGAGUUUUCAUUUUCCC